UUUCUUCAUAAAAAAGGAACAGUUCAGCAUGAUUUUCCACUUUGCAGGAAGCAAUGAGUAUCUGCGCACAGACAGAACAAUCAGUAAACCGCACAUGAUGCAUUCCACAUGCAUUAACCUGCAGUAAUCCAAAUAUAAGAGAGCAAAAUAUUCUGCCAUCAGAAUGUUGGCCGAAGCCUUUAUCAGUACAAUUAUGUAUCAAGAAGCAAAAAAAGGACAUGAAUAUAAUAGGUCGCUGGUGGGUCACUUUGAAAAUUCGUAUGGGAGUCUAUCAAAAAGAAGAACUUCAAAAGUGCCAAAGGCAAGUAGAGAGGUGCUGAACUUUGUACAAGACAAUCAUAAUUUUAGGUCUGCUGAACAGCUCUCCCCACAGCUAUAUGGUGAUCUUACUGGUGAUGCUUCACAAUCAAUGAGUAUUCCGGGGUCUGAUCAGAGAAGUUCAAACCAUCUGGACUUAUAUACCUCAUGGUCAAGCAUGUAUGGAAGCAUUUAUAAAAACUACCCUGAUCUGCACAUUGGAGGAGACCAUUUCCUCAACAAAAUGGAUUCAGGUUGUAUUUUGGACCUUGACACUGAAUAUUCAGAUGGUCCUGUUUUACUUUCUAAAGAUAUUGCCUCUGGCUCUACAACAUCCCUUGAGAUUUUAAAAAAGAAGUCUAUAAUAAGCACAGUGCAAAAUGAAGAAAGUAAAGAAAAGAGCAUCACUCUACAAAGCGCUCCAUUUUCUAACUCUCUCCUUAAUGGCUACAUGGAGAGCAAGAUACAGGAGGUCUACAAACAGUUCCUUGAAGAAAAUCCAAUGGUUGAUAGUUCUCUAUAUACUGUGAUGUUUUCUGGAUUUUUAAUAAACAAUGUAAAUCAAAUCAGUAAGCAGAUUUCACAGGAACAAAACCUGGACCAUGCUAAGGCAAGAGAAGCUCUUCUACAUUGUUUGCGAAGUUCCUCUAGUAAGAUCAGUUCAGAGUUUGCCACUCCUGUUCUACAUAUCUCCACUUUAGAUGGCAAAAAGAACAGAUACAUUGCCAAAGACAACAUCUAAUUACUGGAAAUGUCGAUAAAUACAAUAACAGAAGAAAAGAACAUGGGAAAUAAAGUGUAAAGUCUAAAUUGGAAAUCAUAUUCAUCAAGCAAUCCUGAAGGAUAAACUGGCAAAUAAUGUUACAUUACAAUCUGUAAUUAUAUAAGGAGAGUAAAAAAUCAGAAUGUAUUUGCAGCAUUAGAUGAAAUUGUACUAUAAAAUGUUCUCUGUAUUUUAAGUUUGUAAUAUAGAACUUUCAAAAUUAGACAUUAGGUCAUUAGGUUUAUUAUAUCUAUAUUAUACAAAAAAAUAUUGUGUCUAGUGUUCUCUAUAAACACUAGAUUUUAUUUAGUGUUUAAUUCAUGUAGGUAUUUUUUAUUUAUAUAGCACUACUGGUGUACUACUGUACAGUAGAACAAUAACUUAAAAGAACAAGCAGGGGUCAUUACAAUAUUAAAUUCAAACUAGAAAGGGAAGUUUGAGAACAAACUUCAUGUUGGGUUGAAAAACGUGAAAUCUGAUCUGUUGUUGGCUU